AUGCCGGGAACAAGUCAAUCAUACACACAUCCAUCAUAUAUAUAUCCGUCUUCACAAGGCGAGGCCCAAACCGCUCCUGGUAGCUCACAGCAGUUUCAUUGUCAUCUUCCACCUGUUUCUAUGUUACCUCCCCCGCCACCAUUACCUCCCGGUACCAUGCCACCAGGGCAACCAAGCUUCCCACUUUCGUUUCCCAUUAGAAAAUUGGAACCCCCUGGAAGGCCUCUUCCUCCACCGCCUCCUCGAUCUUCAUUGCCAAUCAUUGCAGACACCGCUUGUGAUAAACCUGAAGCUGCAAAGCUUGUUUGUGAAAGUGUGUCUUUGAAUGGCAUAGCUCUUGACCAUGAAGGACCUGUUGUUGAAGACGCUGGAUCUUCAAAAGAGAGUUCUAUCCAUUGCGGUGAAUCUUCUCCACCACUUGAGAAGGCAGAGGAUGGUUCUCCUUUAUGUACUGACCCUGACAUUGAGAUGGAAGAUGAUAUUACGCUGCCAGAGAAUGAGAAUUACCCAAGCCAACCUCUUAACUGUGGUUCUUAUCAAGUUCGUGGGGAAUACGUAAAGACAGAACAGCCGCCUUCACAACACAACUUAGUUGAAACCAAUUCUAUCACAGGGAACACCGUGAAUUUUCAGAUAGAGCCUCUUGGUUCAAAGUCAUACGCUCAAAUACACCAAGAUACAGAUGAUGGUUCCAGACAAGCUUCUUCCUCUCCUUACUCUGGAAGAGCCAAGAUUGUCCCGGAAUGCGGUCUCGGUUACAUGUAUGAUCCCUUCGUAGACAGCUUUGAACCAGUAUCCGUAAAAUUAGAUUGUGUUCAGGAGCUUGAACCAGCUAACGACUCGUACAAUGUACCAAAGGCUAGCAUUUCCUCAAACAGACCACUCAACAUGGGAGAAAACAACCAAGGUGUUGAUAAACAAGCUCUAAGUGGGUCAGACAUGACAGCUCGGGUCAGUGUUUCCUCCAAAAAACCACCGGACGUUGAAGAAAACACCACAGGAAACGAUAUUGGAGCAGUUGUUUCUGGAGACAAUGACGAGUUUGGUGAGAAUGCAGAAAACGGAAGAGGUAACAGCCAUGAGACGGGGACUCCAAACUCCCAUAACGACAAUGUACUUGAAGGCGAUAACACAAGGAAAAAGUCCAGAGAGAAUCCAAAGGAGAAAGAUCCAUCAAGGUCCAUGAAGCUUUUCAAAGUGGUGCUUACAAAAUUCGUGAAGGAUCUUCUGAAACCAUCAUGGAAGCAAGGGAAUAUGAGCAAAGAGGCGUUUAAGACGAUUGUGAAGAGAGCGGUGGAAAAAGUUUCGAAUUCAAUGGAGGGUCGUCAUAUACCGAAAUCAAGAGCUAAGAUCGAUAGGUACAUUGAUACUUCACAGCAGAAGCUGACCAAACUCGUCAUGGGUUAUGUAGACAAGUAUGUCAAAGCAUAG